CCUUCGCCCGCCCGCGCCUUCAGCGGAAGCCGGAAGCGAAGGCGGGCCCUGCUAGCCCCGCGGCUCCGAACUCGGUGGUCUUGGAGGCUCCGCAGGAUGGGGCAGAAGAUGGCGGAAGAGGAGUUCCCCAACACAACUCACGAAGGUUUCAAUGUCACCCUCCACACCAGCCUGGUUGUCACUACGAAGCUGGUGCUCCCGACCCCCGCCAAGCCCAUCCUCCCUGUGCAGACAGGGGAGCAGGCUCAGCAGGAGGAGCAGUCCAGCGGCAUGACUAUCUUCUUCAGCCUCCUGGUCCUAGCUAUCUGCAUCAUAUUGGUGCAUUUACUGAUUCGAUACAGAUUACAUUUCUUGCCAGAGAGUGUUGCUGUUGUUUCUUUAGGUAUUCUCAUGGGAGCAGUUAUAAAAAUUAUAGAGUUUAAAAAACUCGCAAAUUGGAAGGAAGAAGAAAUGUUUCGUCCAAAUAUGUUUUUCCUUCUAUUGCUUCCACCUAUUAUAUUUGAGUCAGGAUAUUCACUACACAAGGGUAACUUCUUUCAAAAUAUUGGUUCCAUCACCUUGUUUUCUGUUUUUGGUACAGCAAUUUCUGCUUUUGUAGUAGGUGGAGGAAUUUAUUUUCUGGGUCAGGCUGAUGUAAUCUCUAAACUCAACAUGACAGACAGUUUUGCAUUUGGCUCCCUCAUUUCUGCUGUCGAUCCAGUGGCUACUAUUGCCAUUUUCAAUGCACUCCACGUAGACCCAGUGCUCAACAUGCUGGUUUUUGGGGAGAGUAUUCUCAACGAUGCAGUCUCCAUCGUCCUGACCAACACAGCUGAAGGUUUAACAAGAAAAAAUAUGUCAGAUGUCAGUGGGUGGCAAACAUUUUUACAAGCCCUUGGCUACUUCCUCAAAAUGUUCUUUGGCUCAGCAGCGCUCGGCACUCUCACUGGCUUAAUCUUCAUUUACGUGCUAAAGCAUAUUGACUUGAGGAAAACGCCUUCCUUGGAGUUCGGGAUGAUGAUCAUUUUUGCGUAUCUUCCUUAUGGGCUUGCGGAAGGAAUCUCACUCUCGGGCAUCAUGGCCAUCCUGUUCUCAGGCAUCGUGAUGUCCCACUAUACGCACCAUAACCUGUCCCCGGUCACCCAGAUCCUCAUGCAGCAGACCCUCCGGACCGUGGCCUUCUUGUGCGAAACAUGUGUGUUUGCAUUUCUUGGCCUGUCCAUUUUUAGUUUCCCUCACAAGUUUGAAAUUUCCUUUGUCGUCUGGUGCAUAGUGCUUGUACUGUUUGGCAGAGCAGUGAAUAUUUUCCCUCUUUCCUACCUUCUGAAUUUCUUCCGUGAUCAUAAAAUCACACCGAAGAUGAUGUUCAUCAUGUGGUUCAGUGGCUUGCGGGGUGCCAUCCCCUAUGCCCUGAGCCUGCACCUGGACCUGGAGCCCAUGGAGAAGCGGCAGCUCAUCGGCACCACCACCAUCAUCAUCGUGCUCUUCACCAUCCUGCUGCUGGGCGGCAGCACCAUGCCCCUCAUCCGCCUCAUGGACAUCGAGGACGCCAAGGCGCGUCGCCGGAACAAGAAGGAUGUCAACCUCAGCAAGACGGAGAAGAUGGGCAACACAGUGGAGUCGGAGCACUUGUCGGAGCUCACCGAGGAGGAGUAUGAAGCCCACUACGUCAGGCGGCAGGACCUCAAAGGCUUCCUGUGGUUGGAUGUCAAGUACCUGAACCCCUUCUUCACACGGCGGCUGACCCAGGAGGACCUCCACCACGGGCGCAUCCAGAUGAAAACCCUCACCAACAAGUGGUACGAGGAGGUGCGCCAGGGCCCCUCUGGCUCUGAGGACGAGGAGCAGGAGCUGCUGUGACCGAGCAGGGCCUCCCCACGCCUGGGAUGGACACCCAGCAGGGGCCCUGAGGUGCGUGCGUUUGGCAGCCUCUUCAGGAAGAUGAAAGCCGGGUGGAGCCAAGAUGCCGCCUUCUUUACCCGGACCAUCCAGGCCAGCUGGCUUCUUCUGAAACAUGUCAUCUCCCACUCCUCACCCAGCCAGACCUCUGCUCACAGCGUCACUUCCAGCCUGCAGAUUAGAUGGAAACCUGUGCAGGUAAAUGUUUCCUUUUGCUUCUGCAGCCAAGGCAAACAGUCAUCUGUCCAUCCCAGGUGCCUGCGAGGAGAAAUCCUAUUGUGAAAGCUGCUGUGACUGGGUGUCCUCGGGGGAACGCUGGUCUGCGGUUUCUGUCAUUCCCAGCUAACGCCAUCAUCAUGACCCUAGGGGCGGGCAGAGCGAGGAGCCAGCUGCCAGUUUCCUUAUCAUCAUCAAGGUGCCUUGGGCCUCAGCAUCAGCAGUUCUGGCCUACGUGGCAGGCCCAGAAACCUUGAAAACCUCACACUCCCCUUUGUGAUGUUGCUUGCACACCCUGAGAAAGAAAAACAGUGACCUUUUUCUUCUUUACCUCUGACUGGCACCUCGAAGGCUGUCUCCCUGGGUGACAGGCAGCCACUGCCUUCUCUGGGAAUACUGUGAAUGUUUACACUGGUAACCAGCACGUAGGCACAGGCCUUUCUUUGGAGCCCCUUUGGAAGCUGCAUCGUUGGUUUUGGGGUGAGUGGGCCUAUUUUGUGGUGUCAGGGCGCCCUCUAGAGGACAAAUCUAGCAGUACAGUGCUUAGGAAGGCCAGCAACUUCUGAAUUUAGUUUAAAUUCAUGCACUUGAAAAAGGGGUGUGACCAGAGGCCCCUUUUCUUGGGCUCCAUGGGGUCUGCCCACCAUUUACUUACUGCCACCUUCACAGCUAAUCAGCAUUUCCUCUUCCCAAGUCUCUACUGUUUGGGGUCCCACUUGUCCUCCAUGCCAGGGUCCCUGUUCGCCCAAUCAUGGAGACGGGCCAGAGCCUGCCACCCCCUCCCCAGUGGCCUGCAUUCACAUGCAUCCGAUCCCCACCUAAAAUCCCCAAGCAGCCACUGGGACCCCAGGACCUGUUCCUCCCGCCUGUCACAGAGUGUUACACUCUCUCCCGUACACAUACCCCGCCCUGACUUCAUGGGCCUGGCCCCGGGCCUCUGAGGGCAAGGAGCUGCCAAUCGUGUCCAGAUGAUAUGGAGUUAGUGACUCUCACAUCCACUCCUCACCUGCCCUAAUUUAACAAGCCUCAUACCUGCUUGCCGUUGCCCAUCUAUGGGCUGUUUUGGCAUUUCCACGUGUGGCUCAGGGUCCCAGCUGGAGCUGGGACUUAGCACUCUCUGGGUGAUUUAACUCAUCAUGUGCAUGUGCUUGGUUCUCUGUGGGGACCCAGUAGGCCAGCAUGGGCCCUGGCUGGCAGCACACAUGUGUCCAUCUCUUCUGCCUCAGGCAGCAUGGCCCUGGGCGUCAGGAAGGCCUGACCUUGGGGCCCUUCAGGACUCAUGUCCAGCCCACAGGCCAGGCCCCUUCCCUGACGCCUUCCCUUUCCCCAGAAGUGUAAGUUGUAAGGCCAGUCAGGCAGGAAGCACGAGGUGUCCUUUUUAUGCAUGAAAAGUAAAUUUGUACUUUACAGAGCUAAAAUAUGAGCAUUUUUGUUUUUGUAAUUUCCCCCCUUAACCCAAUAAUUUGAGCCAAACAGGAUUCUUUAACUCCACCUGAUACUCCCACUGGAGGAGUAAUAUGUGCAUAAUUUUCUUAUUUCCUUUUAGUGGAAAAGUAAGAGAAGAGGUCAAAGAGGGAGAGAGACCUUAGCCCACAUGAGGUGGGGGGAAAGGCAGGGAUCAUAUUGUUCUCUCAUCCCCCAACUCCCAAGUAAUUUACUUUCUGCCCUAAAACUCAGGGUCCGAUCUCAGAGGUGGAAGUCGCAUUGCAAACUCAGUAUCUUGCCAGGAAAAAAAUUUUUUUAGUUCAUAGAGUAAGCAAUGAAAACAGGUUCUUUUCCAUUCAGACUGCUUCUUGCCACCGGGUCCUGCCUGGCCUCCCACUUUUAGCUGAGACCUGAAAAUGACACUACGAUAGAGAAGUACGUGGGGGAGUUGGUGGAAGGUCCCCAAGGCUUGGCUAUGGGGUAUGGGGCACCUUUCCUGCCAGGUCCCAGCACUGGUCUGGAUCUCCUGUGGGCCGCCUCUGUUCCUCAGCAGUCUGGCUGGCUGGCUAGUCACCUUUGGAACAGGCAAACGCCCACAAAGAGGCAUUUUUCUGGUGGUUUUUCCACAUGUCCUUGCCUGAGAAUAAAAAAUUGCUUCUGUCUACCUUUAGCAUAUUUAAUAAUUAUAUUAUUUGGUGUAAUAAAUGCCUAGAUUUAAAAAAUCCAGCGUAACUUUGACUUCGUGCAUAUUUAUUUUCUCUUAGGUCUAGGCCAUGGAAAGGAGAGCUAUAUAUAGCACGGAGAGAAGGUAAACUUUAGAGUGAGGUGAAGGCUGCGAAAUCAGUGCCUUCGGAGAAGCUGGCCGUUUAGCCAGAAAAUUCAGAAAACAUGCCUGCCCUGUGGAGCUGGGGAAAGGAGCUGGCUUUUCCUAGGUCUCCAGAGAUCAAGCUUGGGCUGGCCUGGGCCAGGCAGAAAGUGGCUCAGUUCCAUAGUCUGAUGCUCGGACCCUCGGCCUAGAGGCAAAACUGAGACCGCCCACCCUCAGGCCAGCCACCUCUUUUCACAGUGGGAGUGUUGACCAAGCCCUGGUUGUUGUGAGGACAAGGGGCAAGGCCUGGCCCAGAAUGUUGGCAGCCCGACUCCCCCACGUCAGCCCAGUCAGGCUGGGAUUUGCCUGCAGAUUCCUUUGUGUGAGUGGAAUACAGAAAGAUUGGUGAAUGGGAAUCCUUCUCUCCUUAAAACCCACAUCACAGAUGCCAUCAGCAAGACUUGGCCUCUAAGGUCUCAGUUCCACAUUCCCACAGGUGCCCACACAUUUGGCAAAGUCCUCAGUGGGGUAGCACGGACAGGAUCCCACUUCUGCUCGGGCAGGAGAGUCGGGUGGGCAGGGUGGUGGCCAGCUUUUCCUCAGCCAAGUCAUGGCCAUCAAGUUGCAGGCCUGGCUUGGGGUGGAUCUGUUCUUAGAACUGGUCCCUGAUUUAAGUGUGAGAAGGAAUCUCUCAGCAGCAAUGCUCUGCCUUUGACUAGAGCUUUAAAUGAAAAAAAGAGAUCCUCCCCCUAUUCCCUCUAGAAUGCAGGCAUCUGUUUCUCCUGCUGGUUGGUAAGUAGGAAAUCAAAUCUGAAAUGUUCCUGAUACAGCAGCCAGGAUCAUUAAGAUGUUCAACCAGGAACCCAGUUCCCAAGGCCCGAGGCCAUAUGUUUUCAAUGAAAACACCACAAUCAGAGUAAAGGCCUAAAGGGGAAAAGUAGUCACUCCCCCUUCCAUUUAAGCUUCUGCCAUUUCUCACACAAAUGGAGUUGUGUGUUUUUUAAUCCUCACCCAAAUAUGUUUUUCCUUAAUCCCAGAGAAAGGGGAAGCGAGAGGGAGAGAGUAAGAGAAUUAAACCCGAGACCUUUGGUGCACGGGACAACACUCCAACCAACAGAGCCACACUGGCUAGGGCUGGAGUUAGAUAUUCAGGGACUUCACUGGCCAUGUGUCAAAAGAAGGAAGACUCUAAUUUCCUCUGAUCCAGUCAUCCCAUUGGCCCAUCCUGUUUUCCAUCCUUUCCCACCCCAGCCAGCAUUAUCCCAGACGGGAGGAAAAAGAACUUAGCCUUUCUUAACGGGAGUUGGUGUCUUCCCAGGCUGCUCUGCAGGACCUGCCUGAAGUGGGUGAGAGAGAGAGCUGAGUGCUUGAGUGCGGUGUGGGGAUGAAUGGGGAUAUGCAGGUCACCUGUGGGCCUUCAGCCACAUGGAAGAGCCUGUUAGCAUAUUCCUGGUGCUCACUUCUACAGUCCCAGCCCUGCUCUAAGGAACAGGGGGCACACUAGCCAGGGAAGUCUCCUUACUUGCUGGAGAGCUGUGAGGUUUCUGGCUUACCAAAGGCUUUAACGUUUUCUCCAAAUACAGCUCCUGCAAAGCUUGAUUUGUCCUCAAGGUGAAUCCGAAUCAUGUAGGGUUUUUAUUUUUAUUUUGAGAGAAAGAUUGAUCUGUUGUUCCACCCAUUCAUGUAUUCAUCAGUUGACUCCUUGUAUGUGCCCUGACCAGGGAUCAAAUCCGCAGCCCUCGGGUAUCAGGAUGAUACUCCAACCAACUGAGCCACCCACCCAGGGCAGAAUCUUUUAUUUUUUUUAAAAGCAAUUUUCUUUGUCAAAAUGAAGGAUUUGUUAUUUAUUUUAAGGAUCACUUGCAAGGUCAGGCUUAUUCUUUUGUCGUACCCCAUGUAAGCUGUGAGAAGCAUUUGUUAGGUCCUGGUUCCUGAGAAAUGAUUUGCUGCUCUUCUUGAUGGGGCUUCAGAUUGUGUAGAGGAAGAUGGGUCAGUGAUGGGGGGACCUGGGGACUUUAGCAUCAGCCUGGUCCUGGGGACCUGGUCCUCUGCACACAGGCAGUUUUCAGAUGAUGCCCUGAUGGAAAUGGGGAAGAAAAUAGGGCUUUGCUUACCAAAAAGAAAAGGGGGGCGGGGGGCGGGGAGCCACAAAAAUGUAGUUGGUUUACACUGUGGCAAAGUGAAGUCCUACUUGCUGGUGGGAGGGCCAGCUGGUUCAAUCUUUUUGGAGGACGAUGUGGGGACACCUAUCAAAAGCCUGUAAGUGUCCCAUGCUUUGACACGGCAGUUUCAAAUGGUUUGAAAAUUUUUUAAAAGGAUAACAUUUCAUGACAUGAAAUUUAUAUGAAAUUCAAAUGUCAAUGGCCAUAAAUAAAGUUUUGAAUUUUUUAAA